AUGGAGGAGCAAGCAGCUUUCUGGGGUCCGUCUAGCAACCUUGAUAAAGCACAAGAACAGCUGAACAGGCAGCUAUGUGUCGCGAUUGAGCGGUGCGUUGGUAGGGCCGUGGUGGUAUUGGACAACGUGCAUCUCUUGCAAGGAGAAGACUUGAGAGUGCUGGACACAAUGCUCUCGCUCACAGACGGGCGCAAGUCGAACAUGGAGUGCAACGGUCACAAGGUUAGCGGAGAAGGGUGCCUGUUCUUGCUGCUGCUAAACGAGGAAGGAUCCGAGGACAUGAAACGGUUGUCGGGGAAGGAUCGACUGCUAAGCGCAUGGGAGUUCAGAGGUAUGGAGUUCACGACCAGGGCGUUUGUCGGACGGGUGGACGUGGCGGUCAGCCUGUCAAAGGAGCCGAGCUUCGUCCGCGAGGGGACCAAGUCCGCCUGGCAGGACGCGAGGAAAGGACCCGCUCCCGAAGGGGUGCUCGACCGAGCCAAUGGCGUCUGGCGGGAGGUGGUCAAGGUUGAGCGGGGGAUCAGGAUGGCGUUGAGAGAGGCGGAUCGGGAUACGCUACAGGCCGUCGGUGUCGUUGCUACGGCUGCCGCGGUGUUAGCCUGUGCCGUCUACUUCCGUGAGGCCGCAUCAGGCGCGAUCGUCUCAUUCCGCGACGCGGCGAAAGGGGGGCCCGCGGGCGACUCCAACGACGGUGGUGGUAACGACAACAGGCGGAAAGGCUCCGGUCACAACAAGAAGAAAGCAGUCGCCUCGAGGGGGGGCAGCAAUCAAGACGACCCAUCACGAACAACAGCAGACGGCCCACAGCCCCAAGCCCGGAGCAACUCGGAUGGCCCAAGCAUGAGGGUAACCCGUAAUCGAGGCCGACACCCGGUCGAAACUGGCACCCCCGGUCCCGGCACAUGAUCGACUAUUUUAACCCCGAGAGCACCAGCAGACGAAGGCGGGGGUAAGCGUAGGCUGGCCUAGGCGGGCGGCCGCCAAACGGGGCCCCGUGAAAUGUUUUCAGCGGUAUUCUCGCGUCUCGCCUGUCCCACGGGCUGUAACCAAGCAGUUGUCGCCUGGUAUGUGUGGAGCUACGCGAGCGACUUCUUCCUACUGUAGACUGUGUUUAGUGUGUUUGAUGCGAGGACAACGGUUUCGGUGAAGCGUUUACGGGGGUGUGCAGUGGUACUGUUUUUCGAGCUCGACGAGUCAUGUAUGAAACACAUGACACAGUAGGGGGGGUGGAACGUGGUUGUUCGUGGCUGCAAGGAACGCUUGAGUGGCUGAAAAGUCAUAGUUUCAUGGGAAGGCAGUGCGUGCUUACUACAGCAGUUGACGCCCACGCCGUUCAUUUCGCAUGUUUGCCGGCUUCAGACGCUACCAUUAUUAUUCUACCACGGUCACGAGGUGCAUGCACAUGAAAUUCAACCCAAAGGACUUCCCCAGUGGUCAUGGGUCAUUCGGAGCGUACCUAUUCAACAAGCGGUGCCGUUCUCAAUGUCUCGAGGAACCACGAUAGUUUGGUAGAUGGACCCAUGGCGCCGUGCUUCGAUGAAAGGAACCA